CGAAUCUAACGGAGGAGAACAGCAGCGUCCGCUCUAAGCCAUGUUAGGCAGAAGAAAAAAGGAAAAAGGGAAAAUCACGCUUUCCCUUCCAUCUAAACCUCCUUCCUGUACGACUUUCCGCCCUUUCCUACCUCUCCCACUUCACUGUGCUGCUCCGAACCCGUUCGAGACCUCUGUCCGUCUCCGGCACCCACCAAAAAACCCCGAACCUCUUCGUAAUCAUCAAUGGCUCUGCCGAAUCAGCAGACUGUCGAUUACCCGAGCUUCAAGCUCAUCCUCGUCGGCGAUCCUGGCACAGGCAAAACGACUUUUGUGAAGAAACAUCUUACUGGGGAGUUUGAAAAGAAAUAUGAGCCAACUAUUGGCGUCGAAGUCCAUCCUCUGGAUUUCAUCACAAACUGCGGGAAGAUGCGGUUUUACUGCUGGGAUACUGUUCCGUCUUGGAAUUUCCUUGCUUUUUAAAUCCGUGGAAGGAUUUUCAGAUUCCAGUUGAAGUUCUUGUGAAUUGAGCGAUGAUAGGGAGAAAAAUGUCGUGUUGAGCUCGUAUUUAACAACGCUUUAAUUACGGGGUAGACAUAUCUUGGUUGGUAGUUUAUUUAACUGUCUGGGUUUUGCUAAGGAUAACUAUUAUUACUUAAUAGUGGUGCGGCCAUUUGUUUUUUGUAAAGUUGUGGAGGAAGAAGCAAGUAUUUUUGCCCC